AUGCCCAAGCGCUCUGCGGGGCAUGUGGCCGUUGAGAGCUGGCUCAGUGAAGUCAUCACCCUCUACCCCGCGUUUCGGGAAGCGCACCCGACCAUUUGCCCAGAGGAUGUUGGUUCCAUGGGCUAUUUCGGGAGCCACAACCUUUUUGUGAAAGCCUCGGUGAGAGAUUCUGCCUACUCGGAUGUCGGCCUGGCUUUGGAAUUUUACAGGAGCUACAACACAAGCUACCAUGACCCCAAGAAGUACUUCGACUCCUUCACAGACAUUCCGCAGUCCGAGUUUUUCCCAUGCAACACCUCCGGAAAUGAGUUCGUGAACACCGUGCGCAUGGAGCUCUACCGGCACUUUUCAGGAGAUGAUGCUGGAGUUACUCUCACGCCCGAAGGCUACGUGGCCUAUUGCCCGGAUGGUUAUUUUUGGCUCUCACCGGCCUGCCGCCACGACCCCUCCUCCUGCAUUCCCAUCAUUGCUGCCGGCAGCCUGGCAAAUCAUAGACCGUUGCUCAAACUGGCAGGACUACAGUCUUCUUUAGUUCUGAUGAGUUCCUUAGCCAUGAAGGGGUCUAGAGGCAAUGGCUGGAUCAUCGAUGCCCAGAUGCAAUGGGCGACUGCUUAUGGCUUUCCUGCUGCCAUCGGCAUCGCCGCCAGCUGGGACUUGUAUGUGCAUCACGCAGCCGUUCUGAACAUAGCCCCGCGUAGGAUGGUCUUUCCGCGGCAUGUGGCCAGCGAGUGGGAGGCUGGCAACCUGGAAACCGCAGGUGAGGACAGCUACAUCGGCAAGUUGGUGAGCCUCCAGCUACGCACGGCGGCUCCCCAGGCUGCGGGGUCUUCAUGUGCAAAAGAGCCACUUCGAGUGAAGGAGAAAAAAGAAAGAAGCUUUUGGGGCCUCUGCGUCAAAAGUGAUUCAGGACAAGAAGGAUUUAGGCCUAUUUAG